ACAAACAAACAAAGGAUUACGUAAAUUGACUCAAAUAUUACGACAAUGCAUUUAUAACUUUGUCUCCACACCUUCAUCAUCAUCUUCGAGCAGAAUUCAUAAUUCCUAACACAUUCUCUCUCAUAUAUAUAUGUAUAUACAUAUCUCUCAUAUAUAUGUAUGUACACCUAUCAGACAAGUGGAGCAUAUUGCCAACAACAGUUAAGAACUCCAACAAACUUUUAUAUAUAUCUCUUAAUUUCGAAAACUAGUUCAUAUUGCACAUUGGCUUUAUAGCAGAGGAGAGAAAAAAGAGCAUAGAUAAUGGCAUUAGCUUCGAUUUCUUUGAUCCUAAUUAUAUCCCAAUUCCUCCUCCAAAUCAUCAAAAUCGAUGCGAAAGUUUCAUCAAUCAUCGUAUUUGGAGAUUCCUCAGUAGAUUCCGGGAACAAUAACUUCAUUCCGACGGUAGCGAAAAGUAAUUUCAGGCCUUACGGUCGAGAUUUUGAUGGCGGCAAAGCCACCGGAAGAUUCUCCAAUGGGCGGGUCCCGACAGAUUUCAUCUCCGAGGCUUUUGGGCUCAAAAAGAAUAUUCCAGCUUAUUUGGAUCCAUCUUACACCAUCCAAGAUUUCGCUACAGGUGUUUGCUUUGCUUCAGCAGGGACUGGCUAUGACAAUAUCACCUCCAAAGUUCUUUCUGUAAUACCACUAUGGAAGGAACUGGAGUACUACAAGGAAUAUCAAAGCAGGCUAGAAGAAUAUUUGGGAAACCAAAAGACAUCGGAAAUUCUAAGUGAAGCACUGUACAUAAUCAGUAUCGGAACAAACGAUUUCCUAGAAAACUACUAUGUGCUUCCACACAGACAAUCGCAGUUCAGCAUCGAAGAGUACCAGAAUUAUUUGGCAGGCAUAGCAAGAAAUUUCAUAACGCAGAUAUACGAGCUAAAAGCAAGGAAAAUAUCUUUAACAGGCCUACCUCCAAUGGGAUGCUUGCCCCUAGAGAGAACGACGAAUUUAGCAUUCGGAGGAAAUUGCAUAGAUAGAUACAAUCGAGUGGCUAUCAAUUUCAACCAGAAAUUGCAGGCACUAGUUGAGUCGCUCAACAAGGAGCUUUCUGGACUCCAAUUGGUGCUGUCGAGUCCGUAUACCAUUCUUUACGAUAUCAUUCAAAACCCUUAUUUCUAUGGUUUUGAAUAUUCAGCAACUGCAUGUUGUGGGACCGGAAGAUUUGAGAUGGGGUAUUUGUGUGAUCAACAUAAUCCAUUUACAUGUUCUGAUGCCGACAGGUAUGUGUUCUGGGAUUCGUUUCACCCCACAGAGAAAACAAAUGGCAUACUCGCAAAUUAUGCAGUCAAAACUACUCUAGCAGUAUUUCAGUAGCAAAAACUCUCUCCUCUUAAAAGUUAUGAUUCAGUCUUUUAUCAGGCAUGAUUAUCAUUAUUAGAUGUUUUUUAUAUUUAUUAAUACAAGGAGCAGAGGCAGUUAGCCUGGAUGUUGUAUCAAGGAUACAGUUCUGAGUUUCUUGUUAUUACAUGCUAUAAACUGUCUGGGGGAGAAUGGUCUAUCCGUCUAUGUGUAUGUGUGUCUGUUUAGGUUGUAAUAAAACUAUAUUUUUUAGCUGUGAAGAACGACUAAUUUUAGAUUGUCGAACGAACCAACUAAAUAAUAUUCUUGAUACUUUUUUCGUGUCAACAGACCAGUAUGCUCAAAGAUUAGGAGGUGUAUAAUCCUC